UACUGCUGGUGACAGGUAAAACUGAAAGGAAGUCUCCCAAGAUGGCAGAAACAGAGCUAGGGAUCACUGGGAUCACCCUCAUUGUCAUCUUCAUCUUUCUCUUCCUCCUUGGAACCUUCAUCUGGAAAUACACCCGAUGUGGGCCAGCUCUGGACAAGAUGACCAAACGGUCCCACUCUAAGGAACCUGAAGAAGUGGGGACAAGUAUUCAGCCUGAGAAAGAAAGUGGUGAUCCACCCGCAGCUAUGACGAGCUGCUCUCCUGCCUCGGAUAAAACAUCCCAGGUCUCAAGAGCUGAGGAACCCCAUGGAGUGACUUAUGCUGAGCUGAACAUCAGAGCCCUAAGUGAGGGUCCCUCCAGCCAGAUGGAGCAGCCUCUGGAAACCUGUGUGUACUCAACCCUUAAGGCAUAG